CGUAGCAUAAUAGUGGCUCAUCAUGACGGCAUCAGCCGGCGUAGAAUCGUUAUCACCACCGCCGGCAGAAGAACGAAUUAACCCACAUCUGCAUCAUCCUUACGCUGCCAUCGCUUCGGCACAGUCGGUGGCGCUGUCCAAUAACCACAACAACAACAACAACACAUCACAGUUGGCGCAACGCAAACCGUUCCCAUCGCAACCGGCGCAGAAUUGUUCUGCGCAGCUGCAGGCAGGCAGCGCCUUCGGACAGCAGCAACCAUCGCUGAGUGGAGCAGCAUCCGGAACGAUGAAACCGCCACGUCCGGCGGCAUCGUCCCCGCAGGCAGCUGGUGCUGGUGGAACUGCCGGUAGUGGCAGUGCUGGUUCUCGUGCCCCGAAACAGUCCUCCGACCGGAGCAAAAGUUCCACCACGACGCUUCCGUCCCGCGUAUCGCAAAUGUACUACAAGCAUGGACUGUUCCUGUCCAGCUAUCCGACGACCGCAACUAGCUUCGCCCUUGCCAUCAUUAUAUUCUGCUGCUAUCCACUGCUAAACAUUCCCCUUCCGGGGACGAUUCCAACCAAAGUGAUAUUCCCGUACACGGAAAGCAUCAGCGAAAAUUUGCACCUGUCCAAUGCGAACCUAUCGAGCGAGUUCUACAACCCGUUCAGCUUUACCGGCAGCAACAUGUUCAACAUCUACAACAUCAGCGUCGAAACGCCAUUUCCCUGGGCACGAAUAGAUCCGCUACUGUACGUGCAACAGAUCAUCAUGCGGACCAGUGUUGUACCGUGGGAAGAAGAUCUACUGCUAACCGAUGCGUUCCGUGGCCCGCUGUACGAAGUGUUUAAGCUGGUGGAGAUUAUUCGCAAUCACGAGGAUCAGAGCAAAACUACGCUCAGUCAUCUGUGCCUGCAUGUGGAAAAUGUGAAACGUUCAUCACAACAGACUCUGUUUCCCGAGUACAACUGCUUGAUACUGUCGCCCGCUAAUCUGUGGCAGCAAAAUAUUCAAAAUUUUAACAAGGAUAGCAAUCUGCUAAACACGGUGUACGUGAACCAUAAUCUCCAAAAGUCCAAAGUAUCAACGGCGGAGAUGUUGUUUGGCAUACCACUGCGUGACACCGGUGUAAAGCGAUAUCCGAUGCGUGUACGUCCCCGCAUCAUUCAAUACGCGGUGACACUGUUACUUCGGGAGAAUAAUCCAGCCUUUAUUGACUCGUUGAAGGAAAAGCUUGUAAGAGCUUAUCCGCUUCACCAGAAGGAACCUACCUCUGAUACGAACGUACCUGCACCGGACGGACAAUCGGGACACACGCAGCAAUCGAUUAUGUACAUCUUCUAUCCGGGUGAAUUCAACUGGAAGGAAGUAUUGCCACAGUGUAUCGCAUUCUGUGUGUUGUUUAUUUACGUGUACUUUUCGGUACGCAAAAUUGAAGCUAUCCGUUCGCGCAUUAUGCUAGCAUCCUGUGCCGUACUUACCGUGCUGGGUAGUUUGCUGAUGUCGCUAGGAUUGUGUUUUUUCUUUGGCCUUACGAUAAGCUUCCAAUCGAAGGGCGUUUACCCGUACCUGGUGAUACUGGUGGGGCUGGAGAAUGUGCUCGUCAUCACGAAGAGUGUCCUCACGACGGACAACAAUCUCGAUGUGAAGAUACGUGUUGCCCAGGGAUUAAGUCGCGAGGGUUGGUCAAUCACGAAGAAUUUGUUGACGGAAAUUACCAUUCUAACGGGUGGGCUUGCGACGUUUGUGCCCGUCAUACAGGAAUUUUGCAUCUUUGCGAUGGUAGGGCUCGUGUCGGACUUUCUGCUUCAGAUGCUAUUCUUCGCUACCGUGCUUGCGCUGGACAUUAAGCGUGUUGAGUACAGUGCUGAAGUACGGCGAUUGCCGAAGAUGUUGUACUUUAACAAUGAUUUGCGCCGUGGUCCUGGUGGUGUUGGGAGUUCGGCUGCUCCUGCCCGUGAUACACGCAAUGGUGGUGGUUCGAUAAACCGUUCGCGAUCACACCCGAAGCUAACUGGGCUAGAACAAACGGCCAACCAUCCAAAAAGUGGACCAGGAACGGGAAAAGAUGUAAAAAUACCCAAACGCCUUCGGAUCGUGAAUUUUUGGGCAAGAACACGCUUUUUUCAACGAGGCUUUAUGAUUUGGAUGGUGCUGUGGAUCUCAAACAUCAUCUACAAUGCAGGGUUGAUUGAGGAGCUGUUUGUGAUUGAUAAGAAUCUUACGCGGCAUGAUCUUUCACCGAUGGAUGUUUCGGCUCGCUUCGAUGUUGGUAUGGGCGUAUACGAGCUAGGAGGUGACGUUAGCUCCACGGAAGCUACAAGACCAGCCGAGAUGGAUCGUUCCAACUACCACAAUAAACCUCCCGAUGUGGGUAUGCUGGGAGGAGAUGGUGUAAACGGUGGUACCAGUGAAAAAGGAGGUGUUGAACAUCGUGCGUUAAACGUAACGGAACAGUUACAGCGGUUGAAGCAUCCGGACUACGAAACGGUAUAUCAGCUAUCAAACUUUCACUGGUCCUCGAUAUUGAAACAAUAUAACGUAUCGCUCAGCGGUCGGUAUGUGACCGUACUGCCGGCAAUUAAGCUUUCACACGCCGUUAACCCACAAACGGUGAUACAGCUACGAAACGUGGACGAAAAAGCCCCACACCAUUUUCAGUGGAAAGCACUGGCGGUUGCACUGGAUCCGUUGGAUUUCAGCGAUGCCGAUACGGGUGAUGGAACGCAUGUGCCGAUCGGGAAUGCUCCGUUUUAUCCGAAAACGCCAAUGGAAAUAUUGCUCACCUGCAUGCUGCUCGUUGUGAGUACGUUCGUGGUGACAUACACGAUGAUUGUGCUGUACCGGUGUAUCUGUACCCGUAACUAUGCUGAGUGGAGGGCAAGCUGGCAGGAAAGCGAUAGCGAAACGGAACCCAAACCGGAACAGUGUCUGCUGGAGGGUGUCCCCGUCCAGGUGAACGGUCACGUACAUCGUAUCGAGUGUCUCGUAACGGACGGAAACAUGAUUGCCAGCUCGUGUCUCCAGGGACAGGUUAAGGUGUGGGAUGUAAGCAAUGGGGAGCUGAUGGCCGAAAUUGAUCGACAACAUUAUUUCGAGCUCCAGCAAACCCGGGGUAGCUCAUCAUCGCCCCAAUCGCUUCCAUCACCAUCCACGUCGGCUCCUCCUCCGGUAGGGGUAAUCCUACGCAAUGAUCACAGUGGUUCAAUUACGGGACUUCACGAGGUAUUCCCGGCUAGUUCAAGCUCUCCAACAUCUUGCUCUCCGCCCGGUACGGCCGUUGGAUCAUCUUUUAAGUUGAAAAAGAAAUUGCACUUUAACUUCUCCAGCCUCGAUAGUUCGACCACAAGCUCACAAGCGUCCGAUUCGAAGCUGUUCGAUUUUCACGCACAGUAUGAACGAUUUUUCACAUCCUGUGCACCAACACAACCUCAACCGUCGAUCACUACCGCUGGAUCGGAUCUUCGGAAUCGGUUUGCUCCGAACGGUUCGCUAACGGGAUGGGCAGAUGUGAGUGUUGCUUCGCAGGAGGACCAAACAUCCAACAGUCACUGGAUAGCACGACCAACGACACUGUCCAACGAAUGUCCCCAGCCGCCUGGGAGCCCGAGACAGUCGGCGCAACAGCAGCAGCAUCAUGUGUCUCCCAUCUGGUGUCUGGACUUUCUCGACAAUCUCAUUGUGAUUGGAUGUGCGGACGGACGGUUGGAGUUUUGGGAGGGUAGCAGUGGUAGUUUUAAGUGCAUCCACGAGGCGGAACAUUCACACAACAAUGGGGUGACGAACAUCAAGCUGACGGGUGAUCGCGUUAUAGCGGCCCGAUUAAGUGGGCGAAUCGAUUUCUUCCGUCUGGAAACGUAUACCCAGGGACGACAGAUCGAUUGGGGCUUUACGUCAGCAUACCGAAGAACUCACAUGCGAACCGGUUCGGCGGGUAGUAUAAGUUCGUUCCAGGCCGCGAUGGGCUCAAGCGGAACAGGGUCUCAUUCGGAUUCGGAGGAGUUACGCUGCUUGUUGGAAUUCCAACAACAGGGUCACCAGCAACCGGUAACCUGCCUGGAGGUGGCCGGCAACACAGUGAUGACGGGAAGUCAGGAUCACACGCUAAAAGUGUACCGUGCGGACAAUCAUAUGAUGCUGUACACGCUACAUGGCCACUGUGGUCCAAUUACCAGUCUGUUCAUUGACCAGUGGCAAUCGGGAAUGGCAGGGUCCGGCUCGCAGGAUGGAUUGCUAUGCGUGUGGGACCUGACAACCGGUGCAUGUAUGUACAAAAUUCAAGCACACGAUGACUCGAUCGUCGCCCUCGUCGGAUCUCCCAGUUACGUAAUAUCGCUUGGACUGGACGAACGGAUACGUGUAUGGGAUCGAUUCCAGGGACAUCCGCUGAAUACGAUCACAGUUUCCCAUGCCUAUUCGGCGCUGGUGAUGUUAACGCCGUCCCUUCUCGUAACAGGAAAGCCAGGUGCCCUGGUGGUCUGGGACGCCCGAAGCGGUGAGGUAGCUCGGGAAGUAAAGCUGGACUGCUCCAAUAUGCAACUCUGUCCAAAGAUCAUGCUACCGGCGUGCGGUUCCGUGAUAUGCGACUACGGCAAUCAGAUGCGCAUCGUCCGGUUUCCGCUUGUUGCCGCCGACAAAUGUGACUAAUGAGUGCGUGUGUGUGUUUGAAUGUGUCUGUAUUUGGUAAGGCGAACACAAACCAGUUUUUGUAGAUU